AGCUGAGAGCGAGCUCGCAUCGCAUCACAUGAUCCCCCCGCUCGACCUCCGCCGCCGCUGAGCCGCUGAGGUCGGUCUCCUCCCCCACCACGUCCCUCGCGGGCUCAAUGCGCAAGCCCGCCGCGUGGCGCCGCGCGGGCCCCCGCGGCGGCUUGCGGAGGCGCGGCGCGGUCGUCCUGCUGCUCGCGCUCGCCUACGCCGCGGGGACGCUCAUGUUCCUGCUCGCCGGGAGGCUCUCCGGCGGGGGCUCGGGCGUCGAGGUGGCCGCCUCCUCCUCCCAGCUCCAGCGGGGGCGGCGGCGCCACGCGGACGCGCAGCCCCCACCCCCGCCGCCGCAGCCGGGGUCCGUCUACCGCAGCCACCUCGUCUUCGAGCGGCUCUGGUCGGCCAUGCGCGACGACGCCACGCUCGCCGCGUCCGCCUCCUCGCUCGCCUCCUCGGCCUCCUGGCGCCGCAGCAUGUUAAUGACAUCACAAUAUCAAAAUUCUGGGGAGCCAUGGAUGCCCUGUGUAGAUACCAGGAUGACUCGAUCAGAGUUGCCGCCCUCAAAUGGCUAUCUCAUGAUCGAAGCAAAUGGUGGUCUGAAUCAACAACGACUUUCUAUCUGUGAUGCUGUUGCUGUGGCCAGCUUGCUUAAUGCAACUCUUGUGAUCCCAACAUUUCAUCUGAAUAGCGUUUGGCGUGAUUCUAGCAAAUUUGGUGAUAUAUUUGACGAAGAUCAUUUCAUUGAGACACUCAGAGAACAUGUAAGAGUUGUGAAGAAACUUCCUGAAGAUGUUUUGCUGCGCUUCAAUCAUAAUAUCAGCAGCAUACCAAACAUGAGAACUAAAGCCUACUCGUCACCAAAGCACUAUGUGCAAAAGGUGCUUCCAAAACUGCUGGAGUUAGGGGUUGUGCGCAUAGCCCCAUUCUCAAAUAGAUUAGCUCAGUCAGUUCCAUCAAACAUCCAGGCCUUGAGGUGUUUGGUAAACUACCAUGCAUUGAGAUUUUCUGAAUCCAUAAGAGCUCUAGCAGACAAUUUGGUUGACCGAAUGACGAAAAAGAGUUCCUUGACUGGUGGGAAGUAUGUUUCGGUGCAUCUUCGCUUUGAAGAGGAUAUGGUAGCCUUUUCAUGCUGUACAUAUGAUGGUGGCUUGAAGGAGAAAACUGAAAUGGACAAUGCUCGUGAAAGGAGCUGGAGAGGGAAGUUUCGUCGACAUGGUCGAGUGAUAAAUCCAGAGGCAAAUAGAAGGGAUGGAAAAUGUCCACUUACUCCUCUAGAGGUUGGUAUGAUGCUACGGGGCAUGGGAUUUGACAAUACCACCUCCCUCUAUGUUGCUUCUGGUAAAAUAUACAAUUCUGAAAAAUACAUGGCUCCACUUCGACAGAUAUUCCCCCUUUUAGCGACAAAGGAUUCUCUUGCUUUGCCUGAAGAGCUUGCUCAGUUCAAGGGACACUCAUCUCGGCUAGCAGCAUUGGAUUACACUGUCUGCGUUCAGAGCGAAGUGUUUGUGACAACUCAAGGAGGAAACUUCCCUCACUUUCUGAUGGGGCACAGGCGUUACCUUUUUGGAGGGAAUGCAAAGACAAUAAAACCAGAUAAACGGAAGCUGGUUUUAUCUUUUGACGAUCCCAAUAUCAGAUGGGAUCGAUUUAAGCAGAACAUGCAGGAAAUACUGCAGCACAGUGACGUAAGGAGCGUUGCAUUCAGGAAACCUAACGAUUCCAUAUACACCUUCCCGAUGCCUGAUUGCAUGUGCCAGCAAGAUGGACAGAGAUAGGUUUAGCUUUAGCAUACAUACGGAUAAUCUGUCCCCCCCCCCCCCUCUGAGAUUCAUAUACCACACAAAUUGGUGCAGGCAGGCAUUUUUUUACAGGUUGUAAGAUGUAGUCACCAUAUGGAAAGUUUGACUGAAAAUUCGUUGAUUCUUGUUAUUAGUACCAGGGUGGUCUGUAGAGGAGGUAAGAGUUGGGGAGAGUUGGUUUGGCUUGUGGAUGUUGGCAUAUUCCACACUUUUCAGAGAAAGCUUGUGACAAAGUGGGAACCAACCAUACUCCUUUGAAUGUAUAUGCAAAGAGGACCCCUAACUACAAAGAAAUGAGAACUUCCUUCCUUGUACAGUAUUAUA